AAAAAAAACACAAAACUUCUCCUCCAAACCAAAGUAAAGACCUUUUGUCCGACGCAAACGUGAAAGAACACGACUCUCGAUGAAAGCCACCUCGGCCGCCGUUUUGCGGAAAGGAACCGACGAGGAGGAGGAAGAAGAAGAAGUCUGUAAUGUCUUCGACGGCGAAAUAGAUAGCCAGACUCAAACGACGUCGUCCCACGACACCAAGAAGGGCUUCUUCACUUCCUUGCUCUCGAUGGAGGAGGAGGAGCACGAGAACAAGGAAGCUCGGAAAAGAGCCAGAACCACCACCAUCUCCGAGGAGGAGGAGGAAAACGGAGACACCAAUCGGAAGAAGAAGCCACGUGCCGUCGUCGCGAGUGACGUCACCGGAUCCGAACCGGUCAAUCAGCAGCAGAGGCGGUUAUGGGUAAAGGACCGAAGCAGGGCGUGGUGGGAAGAGCGCAGCCGGUCGGAUUACCCGGAAGAGGAUUUCAGGAGAGCGUUUCGGAUGUCCAAGUCGACGUUCGAGCUGAUCUGCAACGAGCUGAACCCGGCGGUCGCGAAAGAAGACACCGCGCUGAGAAACGCGAUUCCCGUGCGGCAGAGAGUCGCGGUCUGCGUCUGGAGGCUAGCCACGGGGGAGCCGCUUCGUCUCGUCUCCAAGAAGUUCGGUCUAGGGAUCUCCACUUGCCACAAGCUCGUCCUCGAGGUGUGCAAAGCGAUCAAAGACGUCCUGAUGCCCAAGUACCUCCGCUGGCCUGAUGAUGACGAGUCUUUGAGAAACGUUAGAGAAACGUUCGAAUCGGUUUCCGGUAUUCGAAACGUCGUCGGUUCGAUGUACACCACUCAUGUUCCGAUCAUAGCUCCUAAGAUCAGCGUGGCUGCUUAUUUCAACAAGAGGCAUACCGAGAGGAACCAGAAGAGUUCUUACUCCAUCACGAUUCAAGCCGUUGUGAAUCCCAAGGGCGUUUUCACCGACUUGUGCAUCGGAUGGCCCGGGUCGAUGUCUGAUGACCAGGUGUUGGAGAAGUCGCUGUUGUAUCAGAGAGCUAACGAUGGAGGUCUUUUGAAAGGGUUGUGGGUCGCUGGUGGGGCCGGGCACCCGCUGUUAGACUGGGUUUUGGUUCCGUACACGCAGCAGAACUUGACGUGGACGCAGCACGCGUUCAACGAGAAGAUGAGCGAGGUGCAGAGAGUGGCUAAAGAAGCGUUUGGGAGGUGGGCGUGUCUGCAGAAGCGGACUGAAGUGAAGCUGCAAGAUUUGCCCACGAUUUUGGGUGCGUGCUGUGUGCUUCACAACAUAUGUGAGACUAGAGAGGAGAGGAUGGAGGCGGGGCUGAUGGUCGAAGUGGUUGAUGAUGAGGUUUUGCCUGAAAACGCGUUGAGAUCGGUUGAUGCGAUGAAGGCUAGAGAUAGUAUCUCGCAUAAUCUAUUGCAUCAUGGACUCGCGGGUACUUCUUUCUUGUGAAAAAGGAUUGUGGAAUUGUUCUAAACUCAAUUUGAUUAUUUUAGUUUAUGCAUACUGUAUUGUAACUUUAGUAACAGUAACAGAUGUUAUAUGAGGCAGUAGAAGAAACUUACAUUAUA